AUGAAAGAGAGAGUAGAGUUGUCAAUGACGCAUAACAAUUCCUCGCUGCACUACAUGGAGACUCUAAUGUCGAUUGCUUCCUAUCAUGGAAGAAUGAAUGUCGUUCAGUUUCUAAUUGACAAAUUCCCAACCUAUCGAUUUUGUUUUGUGAAAGCUAUGGCGGCGUUAAUAUCAAGCUAUCGACCUGACCUUGAAAAGAUUCAGUUCUUUGCCAAUAUACCAGAUGAAUGUCAAACGUAUCAAAGACAUGUUCACCAUGAUAAUCUGUUUAAUAAGGCAGCAUAUAAUGGUAAUUUGGAGGUGAUCCGGUGGUUGUUAGUAAAUAGAUAUGAGGAUCUGGAGAAUUCGACAAUGUUUUCUUCUGCAACAACGGGAAAACAAAUCGAUGUCAUUCGUUACUUGGUUGCCGAACACGGUGAACCAAAAGACAAGGACAAUACACAAUAUAUUUGUUUUGCACUCUAUUCUGAAGAUGCAUUUGAUAUGUUCAAAUUAUUGUACGAUUUGGGUUGUGCUUGUAGCGAAGAUAUCAUGGAUCGUGCUGCUGCUUCUGGUAGUAUGAAAGUUCUCAAAUGGCUACAUGAGAAUACCACUUUCAAGUGUACUACUAAUACAAUAGACCUUGCAGUGCAUAAAAAUCGAUUGGACAUUGUGAAAUGGUUGCAUGAAAAUAGAAGUGAAGGUUGUACUGUUGAAGCUAUGAAUAAAGCUGUUAAUAAAGGCAACCUGGAAUUUGGUUCAAUGGCUGCAUGA